AUGGUGUCUUCAAGAAAAUCCCUUUGUGUAUUGGAUGUUCCUUCAAUUCCAUCACCUAUAAAACCAGUUGGUUCUGAUUCAUUUGUUGAUGAUUUAGAACCAAUGACUAUUUUAGAUGAUGAAGACAAUAAUCCUUUAGAAUACAAACCACCAAAUUGUAAUUCUGCAAACCAUGAGCUUAACGUUUCUUUUAUUGAAAGUUCGGGUAGUCAAGGAUCUUCUUUAUUAAGUUCUUGUGAUUUGGGACGUCCUAUGCUUCCUGGUAGAGAAACUGAAAGUUUUAUUACUACAGAUACUUCAACAGAAGCGGAGGAACAAUUAGUUGAAGAAGUGUGUAACGUUGUAACUAAAUCUAUUCCAAGUAAUAGAUUGUUUGUUAAUUUAGAAGAAAAAUCACGUUUUCACAAUAACACUGGAAAUUUUAAUAAUCAUUCUUAUCUCGCAACUCAAAAAGUUCAUUGUAAUGACAAUAGUACUGUUGUAAUUGAUGCAAUUAACAAUGACAUUAGAGUUAUAUCGUCUCUUCUUUAUGAAGGAGGUUUUCGAAAAUGGUCACUUGAUGAAUUUGAUCUUUCUAAUAUGGAUGUAUCAUCUGAAAUAUGGAAAAGAAAAAUGAUUCAAUGUCGUACUGAUAUAAUAAAAGAAUUCGAAAAAGAUCAAAUGGAAACGAUUUAUCUUGUGCAAUUUAGACAAUUUAUUCAACGUCACUCUCAUCUUGAAAAUGCUCGAAAAGCAAUGUCUGAACUUGAGAAAUUUGAUGAGCUUCAUUGUUUGGUUAAUCGUGCAAGAAAUAUGUGGAUGCAACAAUUGCUUUUUAACAUUGCUAAGAUAUCAAAAAUAGAAUUUGAAAGAUUUGCAGAAAAAACCUUGAAAUUUGAUUUUAAUGGAAUUGAUAAACAAUCAUUAAUAGAUUGUAUAUCAUUAAUAAAAAGAGAUUUCAAUGUAGUAGAUAAGUUAAAUACAUUACCUUCAGAAGAUAUAAAGAAUACAUCUUUUUUAAAGCAUCAAAUUGAUACUUCAUUAGAACAAUUAAACAAAGAAACAACUAGGAAUGGGCUUGAAAAUUGUAUAGAUAAAAAUAAUACUAAUAUCAAACAUCCUAUUGAUGAAUUGAAAAAAAAUGGAAAUAGUGUUGUUCCUUUUGAAGACAAAACUUCACCUAAAGAAAAGAAGCCCAGAAGAUUUAUGGGAAUGUUGCAGAGAAUAAUAAAAUUUUUCCGUAGAAAACGAUAA